AAAAGCAUUACGUUGUAAAAUCAAAUAAAACGUAUUCAGUGAAAUCGUGAGUGAACAGGGUGUGAAUUCUAAUAAAAAUAAUCAAUUGCAUAUUGGCACGUGGAUAAAAAAGUAUUUCGUAAAAUGUGGUUCUUCAAUCAAAUGUGUACGAGCAAAGCACGUCUAGACGACAAAACCGUCGUUAUAACGGGGGCAAGCGAUGGCAUCGGCAAGGAGACUGCCCGAGAUUUGUAUGCAAGAGGAGCUAGAGUAAUUCUGGCUUGUAGAGAUAUGGAAAAGACAAAUAAAGCAGUUGAGGAUAUAAAAAAUAAUCCGCCUUCACGGAUUACAAAGGAUGAAUAUAAAACGAAUGUAGGUGAGCUUGUAAUUUAUCAUUUGGAUCUACGCAGUUUAAAGAGCGUAAGAGAUUGUGCAAAAAACUUACUGACAUAUGAAACAACUAUUAACAUACUCAUAAAUAAUGCCGGCGUGUGUGCGUGUCCGUACGAGAAGACGACGGAUGGAAAUGAAUUAACAUUACAAGUCAACCAUCUCGGUCAUUUUCUACUGACUCUUUUACUCUUGCCCAAAAUGAAAUUGUCUCCCAACUGCAGAAUAAUCAAUAUCUCAUCAAUUACACAUAUUUUUGGUGACAUAAAUUUCGAUGAUAUUAAUCUAGAGAAAUCUUAUUCGCCCCUUAUGAGUUACGCGCAAAGUAAAUUGGCGAACAUUCUAUUUACUAAGGCACUCGCUCGUCGAUUAAAAGAAGCAAAUAUUUAUGGGAUAACGGUAUACUCCUUACAUCCUGGUCUUGUACCGACUGGAAUAACACGUUGUACCGAUUACACAUUAUUUCCAGGUGCAAAUUAUUUUUGGUACAUUUGUACGCGAUUAUUUUGUAAUACUGUUGAACAAGGAGCGCAAACAACAAUAUACUGUUCAGUGGAUGAACAGAUAGCUAAUGAGAGUGGACUUUAUUAUUAUAACUGCAGAGUUUCCACUCCAUACCGAAAGGCAAACAACCCUGAAUAUGUCGAUAAAUUGUGGGAUGCAUCCUGUCGUUUAUUGCAUUUGGAACCAGAAGAAAAUUUUAACACAUUUUUAGAAACCGUUUCUAAAACGCUUUAAAAAAGAAUUUUUUUAUUCUUAAAUAAAUAAUUAGUUUAAUUCUAUAUAUAUAUAUAUAUAUAUAUGUAUAAUACUAAAAACUGAUAACUACUAAUAAAUUAUGCAAUUGUCAAUAUACAAUUACAUAUUUAAAAAAAAACUGUGUCUUUUCUUUACACCAAUUAAUUCAUCUUAUUAUUCUGUACAUAAAAGAUAUAGUUGCCCCAAAAAUGAUUAGUUUGAGAUAUUUUAUAAUUCUUAUCAAAAUAUGUCAGUAUAAAAUAUAAAAUAUUUAAUAAAUUGUUGACU